UUUACAUUGGGUCUCGUAUUGACUGAAACCGCGUAUUUGCCGUCCUUUGCGCAGAAAAGUGCAUUACGUAUAAGCGCUGAAACGGCCGGUUACUUGGCCACUGGAUACUCGGCCGCGAUGGCCGUCAGCCGAGCCAUAUGUAUACCGGUGUCCAUAUAUAUCAGACCUGAAAUAAUGAUACUUUUUGGUCUGAUUUUGACGGUAAUCGCAGAGAUAUUACUCCUGAUUUUGGCCGACCGGUCACUGAUAGCGAUGUGGACGGGAAAUAUAAUCUACGGUUUAGGUGUCGGCCCUUUCUAUGGCUCCAGUUAUUACUUGAUUGAAAGGAUUACUCCAAUCACUAAAUCUGUGGUGAUCGCCAGAAGUGCCACAACUUCUUCGGUGACAAUGAGCUCACGAGUGGAGGCAUUGCUGGAAGAGUUGGAGACGAUUGAAGAGCGGCGAAGAGACCGACGGACCGAUCACUGGACGGCCGAAGAGGACCGUCGGUUCGUGGCCUGCAUUAAGACACAGUUCCGGCACAAAGAGUAUCUGCGCGAAGACAUCACCGACGAGAUCGACUGGGAACUAGUGGUGGACCGCAUGAAGCGAUCGGUGGCCAACUGUCGCCGCCAUUACUGCAAAUACAUUCGCAUUAAACUAAUCAAUGAACAAAACGCACGCGUUUUGGACGGCGCAACGGUUCCGCGCAGUGAUAGCAAUACAUAUAAAUCGAUGAUUGAAUGGUUAUAUCGGUAUAAGACUACCGAUGAAAUAGUCUUAAGUGACGACGAGUUG